AUGGCGUCGUCUACUACAGAUAUCGACGCUGGCCAGUUCAGCAGAAGCACAAGUGAAAACAUGAGUGAUCUAGGCUCGCCCAGGCGCCUGUCCACUGGCUUGUGGACUGCUGCAUACAAUGAGCCUCCCGAACAAGCAAAAGCUGAACCUAAAGAGUCUAUUGCUAGGUCUGGAUUUAGUGCCCAUAUAUGUGGAAAAUCUCUGAACACUGCUUCCAAACGCGUUAUUCGCGCCACUUAUCUGUAUGGCUCUGUUCAUGGUGCCGUCGACCAGCUCCUUCCAGCGUGUUUCAAGGCUCUUGAAAGGGAUAUGGGAUUUACCCCGCAGUCCCUUGGUUUUGUAUCUUCCGUUGCUAGGGUUUCUCAUGUUUUGACUUGCCCAAUCUGGGGCGUCAUUAUCGAUUGUUGCGGACGUCGCCGCAUAUUUUCUUGUACAGCUCUUGGCUGGGGUGCAGCAAUUAGCGCCAUAUUUUAUGCUACGCAGCAGUCGCACAUAGUCCCCAUCAUGUGUGUUCUCGGUGUUUUCAUGGCAGCGAUGGGGCCACUGUCGCAAAAAGUCAUUGCGCAGGAAAUCCCAGAAAGUGAUCGAGGCCGCAGCUUUGGGAUGCUGCACUUUUUCCAAUCGUUUGGCAGAGUUAUAUCUUUAACGCUUACCACAUCUGUGUCUGGUUUGAGCCUUUGGGGGAUUCAAGGCUGGCGAUAUGCGCUAGCUAGCUUUGGCCUCUUGUCAACAAUCGUGGGAAUUAUUCUUGGAUGCACUGUUACAGACUGUCCUCAGCAACAUAAGAGACAGCAGGGAGGACAGCGCUUUUCUCUUCGCGACACCGCUUACGUGUUUUCCAACGGCAGCGUAUGGGUAAUGCUGAUAAUGGGCAUUCUCAAUGGAAUUCCUCGUUCUGCAAUUCACUUCUCCACAAUGUAUUUCCAAUAUUGCAACAUUCCAGACUGGUGGGCCUCCUUUAUUGUGUCGUCCAGCUGGAUUGCUGCUAUGAUCGUAGCCCCAGUCAUUGGGUUGACAGGUGAUUUCAUACAUUCCAGACACCCGCAUCAUGGUCGCCAGUGCUUAGCGCAGGUGUGCAUUGUUGCACGGUGCGUCCUCAUGACCGUUAUGUUAACCUGCGUACCAAGAGAAUCAGAGUCUCUCUGGAUAUUCCUCGUUCUAGCGAUCUUAAUUGGUUUUUUGGCUGGCUGGCCUGGAGUUGGAGUCAAUCGUCCUAUCCUUACGGAAAUUGUACAUCCGGAUCAUCGCGCUACAACGUUUGCAUUGGUUUCUUGCCUCGAGGGCGUCGGAGCAGCUUUACUGGGAGCGCCUAUAGUGGGCUACCUGUGUGAACAUGUCUUCGGAUACGUUAAACCACCUCAUGGCGCACACAUUCACUCUGCAACGAUUAUCCGUGGAAACGCCAGAGCGAUCUCCCUCUCUAUGCUUUGCAUGACUGUGGCGCCGUGGUUGCUUAGCAUCGUGGCCUACGGUGUUCUCCACUUAACGUACAAAUUUGACAGCCACCACGGGGCAGAUCACGCAGGUAUGCAUCUUCCCUGA